ACCCCCUCCAGACUGCCGGGAUGGGAGUUCGGGCCUCCUCUGCUCUCCCCUUCCUCCUCCUCCUCCUCCUCCUGGCCGAGGUCCGACCCUCUCUGUCCGACACUCCAGCCAACUGCACCUUCGCCGACCUGGAAGGCACCUGGAUUUUCCAGGUGGGCAAAGGCCGGGGCCCCCCGGAUCGAAACGUCAACUGCUCGGUGAUGGGGCCCCCCGAAAAGAAUGUUGUGGUUCACCUCCAGAAGCUUGAUGUCGCCCACGAUGAGCUUGGAAACUCUGGCUUCUUCACCAUCAUUUACAAUCAAGGCUUUGAAGUUGUCAUAAACGACUACAAAUGGUUUGCUUUUUUUAAGUAUAAACAGGAGGGAACCAACGUGACGAGUUACUGCCACGAGACCCUUCCUGGGUGGGUCCAUGACGUGCUGGGCCGAAACUGGGCCUGCUUCACCGGAAAGAAGAUUUCGUCCGCGUCGCCCCUCGGGGGGGUCUACGUCAACCAGCCGCCUCCCAGGCUGCCCGAGGACAGGCUACCCAAGAAGCUGUACCAAAACCACCCUGACUUUGUGAGCACCAUCAACUCGGCUCAGAAGGCCUGGAAGGCGACCACGUACGAAGAGUACGAGACCCUCACCCUGGUGGAGAUGUUCAGGCGUUCUGGGGGCCGCAGCUUCCCCAAUCCCAGACCCAAGCCUGCGCCGUUGAGCCCCGAGCUAGCCAACCAAGCCUCCAGCUUGCCCAAGUCCUGGGACUGGCGAGACGUCCACGGUGUCAACUACGUGAGCCCCGUUCGAAACCAAGCAUCUUGUGGCAGCUGCUACUCGUUUGCCUCCAUGGGGAUGCUGGAGGCCCGGAUUCGAAUCCUGACGAACAACUCCCAGACGCCUAUUUUAAGCACACAGCAGAUCGUGUCGUGCAGCGAGUACUCCCAAGGCUGUGACGGAGGCUUCCCUUACCUCAUCGCGGGAAAAUACACCCAAGACUUCGGGGUGGUGGAGGAGGAUUGUUUCCCGUACACGGCCCGCGACACUCAGUGUGUCCCCAAGAAGGAGUGCCCCCGAUACUACGCCUCCGACUACCAGUACGUGGGUGGUUUCUACGGGGGCUGCAACGAGGCACUGAUGAAGCUCGAGCUGGUGCGUCACGGGCCCAUGGCCGUGGCCUUCGAGGUGUACAACGACUUUCUGCACUACCGGGAGGGGGUCUACCACCACACCGGCCUGCGGGACCCGUUCAACCCCUUCGAGCUGACCAACCACGCCGUCCUGCUGGUCGGCUACGGCACGGACCCGGCCACCGGCCUGGACUACUGGAUCGUGAAGAACAGCUGGGGCACGGCCUGGGGCGAGGACGGCUACUUCAGGAUCCGCAGGGGUUCCGACGAGUGCGCCAUCGAGAGCAUCGCCGUGGCCGCCACUCCCAUCCCCAGACUGUGAAAGCCCCCUCCCCGACCCGAAACAUCCCCCCGACCCGUGGCCUUGCUUCUGAGAGCCCUGUCGGCUGGCGUGAAAAUCUCAAGACUCCCCUCCCCGCAACCCUGCCUUACGAAGGUGUCCCGGGCGCCGGCAUUUUUUUUAAAGCUCACGAAUCAUUUUAAUCAAAAACUCUUUACGAAAUUCUCCCCCGCAUCACCUUAGCCACGACAUCCCUUCGGCCCUGGUACAUAAAGCCACCGUUUCCCUCACUGUGCGCUCUCGGCUGCUGAACCCCUAAUGUAACCGUGUCCCGAGAAACGAUCUUGACGAAUUUCCAGAGCUGCCUUUGAACUAACCUCGUGCCUUCUGCUCGCAAAGCCAGGAGUCCAUUUUAGAAACAACCUCACAGCGUGGAUCAAAGGCAAACGUGACUGUGAUUGCUCAAGAAAGGUUUUUUUUUGAAGUGUUUGGCUAAUGGGAGGGUGAAAUGUCAGACACAUUAAAACCUAUUUAUAUAUCCAUUUGA